CCCAGCUGAGCCCCGCCGCCGGCACGGAGAGAGGAGGGAAGGAGGCCUGGGCCGGGCACGGCUGCGGAACCCCGCUCGCCCUUGUUUAAAGGUGCCCUCCUUAGGUUGGCACUCGGGCGCUCCGGGGUGGUGCCACCGGAGCCCCGGCGUCAGGCGUUCGGUAGUUUGGCUCUGAAAGAAGAGCGAAGGUGAUACAGGUGCCUGCGUGUGCCUGUUGCUCCAAGUAUACCUGGUUUUCCCUUCCCUUAAUUAUCCAGGGAGCAGCGGGGCAUUACUGCUGCUGCAGCUUUUCCCUCCUAAGUCACAGCUCCAGGGAGCCUGUAGGGCGUUCCUGUGUUAAAGAACAAGCUAUAUAUACUGUCUUGCAGGUAGGCCCUGUGCCUCCGCCUGGUUAGUGCACAAGGGGCUUUCUCUGCUCUGAGAACUUGCCAGGAAAGGCAGACACAUGGGUUGGUUUCAGGCACUUGUGUAUACUUAAGGAAAAGGACAGACCGUCUGCUUGUUCUGUUCGGACUCUGUCACAGGAGACCAAAAUCAUCACGAGUUGGUGGUGGCCUGGCACACUUAGUACCACGUGCUUUUUUGAUUAUCACUCAUCCAGAAGGGUUUAAUAGACCUCAGUGAGGCCAAGGAUGGGCAAGGUCUGUGCUGUUUUUGGAGGAUCCCGUGGGAUAGGCAGAGCUGUGGCAGAGCUCCUGGCGCAGAAGGGCUGCCGCCUGGCCAUCAUUGCUAGGAACCUGGAGGUGGCCCAGAGCACUGCCCGUGACCUUGGUGCAGGACAUCUGGCACUUAGCUGUGAUGUAUCCAGUGAAAAAGAAGUCCAGAAGGCUUUUGAGGAGAUGCAGAGGAAUUUGGGUCCUAUUAACUACUUGGUUAAUGCAGCUGGGAUCAACAGGGAUGGUUUGCUACUGAGAACCAAGACUGAAGAUAUGAUAGCCCAGAUUCACACUAACCUUUUGGGAACAAUGCUGACAUGCAAGGCUGCUCUAAAGGUCAUGAUUCAACAGCAGGGAGGUGCUAUUGUCAAUAUUGGGAGUAUUGUAGGACUUAAAGGCAACUCUGGUCAAAGUGUGUAUAGUGCUACCAAAGCAGGAUUAGUUGGAUUUUCACGCUCUCUUGCUAAAGAAGUAGCAAAAAAGCAAAUUCGAGUCAACGUUGUUGCUCCAGGCUUUAUUCACACAGAGAUGACAGCUCAUUUGGAAGAAGAUCAGUUGAAGAAAGCAAUUCUUCUUGGAAGAUUUGGAGAGCCUCAUGAAGUUGCACAAGCUGUUGUCUUUCUUCUAGAAGCCUCAUAUAUUACAGGGAGUGUUCUGGUUGUAGAUGGAGGCUUGCAGCUUAUGACCUAAGUACUGCCUUGAAUAAAUGACUGCUUUAAUGUCAUGAUGGUAAUAUAUAAAUAUGUAUUAAAUAAAGGGAGAGGGUUGGAAAUCAUUUGAAGAUUGAUGUACAUAAUUGGCUUGGUCUUUUUUAGUCAGAGGAGAAAUUCAGCAGCAGUGAAGUGCAGCGUGUGUGUUUAGCUGCCUGAAAGAGUCUGUUUGGUGUUACAAAGUCUGUGUAUGAAACAAUUUGAAAAAGAUCUGGUUUUGAUACGGUGAUAGCUUUAAUAAUGUGCUGAUGUGUUUUUAAAGCACUGUAUUUUUAUAAAAAGUCCUGUUUGCUAAUUUGGGAGAGAAUGAGAUUUUAUUUGAAUUAUCAUGUUACACAAAGGUUAAUAAAGUGCAGAGACAUGUUUA